GAGGACCUCCAUUGAAUAUACCCUAUUUCACUCCCUGCAAUGCGUUCUUUAUCUCUGUGCUUAAUCGCUGCCUUACAGGCGUUUGUGGUUGCUUUGCCGCAGCUACUCCCUCCGAGUCUUUCAAUAUCAUUAACGAAAAGAUCUACUCUCAGUACCUCUGACGGACAUGUUGACCCUGCUUCAAUUAGGGCUCAUAUUUCCAGCACAGAAGCCAAGUUAUGGCGGGGCGCUGCUGCGUUCGAAAGAAACACUGGCGUAGCCCUUUUCUCAUCCCUCACCAAGCGUGCUGAUGCGUCAGGUUCUGACCCGCUUGUUGACGACUCAAACGAACGUUGGUAUGGAACAGUCGAAGUCGGCACUCCGCUGCAGACUUUCACCAUCGACUGUGACACUGGUUCGACGGACUUCUUUCUACCUGGACCAAGCUGUGGUGACGCAUGCAGCGGACACAAAGUGUACAAUCCUAAUAGUAGUUCUUCUGCUGAGCCCCUUGGCAGGUCAUUCGUGGUUGAGUACGGCGAUGGUUCCAUGGCUACAGGUGAUCUAUAUGCGGAUACUGUGUCACUUGCUGGCUUCGAAGCCACUGCACAAACGCUUGGAGCUGCCUCGUUAUAUUCAUACGGGUUCUCUUUGGAGAACUUUGGUGCGGACGGGCUGAUGGGAAUGGCUUUCGAGUCAAUUUCCAGGUUUGGCGCAAACUCCGUUUUCCAGACUUUGGUUGCACAAGGAGCUGUCCCAGAAUCAGUAUUUGCUUUCAAACUCGCAUCUUCUGGUUCUGAGCUUUGCAUCGGUGGCGUGAACUCUGCGUUAUACCAAGGUUCGUUCACGUAUACUCCAGUUACCCAACAGGGAUACUGGCAAAUUGCUGGUGAUGGCAUUGGGAUCAAUGGGAAAGAAAUUGUCAAUGGGUUCUCCGCGAUUGUCGACACUGGGACCUCAUUGAUCAUGGGCGAUACGUCCUACGUCAGUCAGCUUUACGCAGCUAUCAAUGCGACAGAAAUUGGUGGAGGUGUAUACUCGCUACCAUGUGACGCCAUGCCAAAUGUCACCAUCACCCUUGGCGGGACGUCAUUUGCGCUUUCCGCGGAGAGCCUCAAUUUUGGCACGUAUGGUUCAUCAGCGAACACCUGCCUUGUUGGUAUCGCAGGCAGUGAUGGCCUUGGAGAUCUCUGGAUUCUUGGUGACGUCUUCCUGAGAAACGUAUACACCGUCUUUGAUGUCGGAAAUUCCAGAGUUGGCUUUGCGGAGCUCGCAUGAGCUUCGGUAACGCUCGCUUGACUAGCAAUGACUGCAUUGAAAUCAUACUCGAAUAGGACAAUACAUAGCUUCCGUGGACAUUACUUUGGACUACAUGAACUGCAUAGGAUGUUUCCGAAACUGAUGUUUAUGAUUCGGACAUAACAAGGACUUUUUCUUGGACUAUCCUGUAGUAUAUUAUAUCGCUAGAGUCACAUGUAUUUGACAUGCUUCUGGAUUAGUACAGCAUAUUUGCCUUCCUCGCUGCGAUUCUCGAGAAUACAAGCUUGCAUCACGAGCAGGUUUCGGUUCUAGGCAGGCGCAAUAUCUGUUCAUGUAAAAGAGCUCACAAACUAGGUUCGGGCGUUGCCGAU